CGAUUCCCCAUGAGUAAUAGUCAUGAGGCUCAGCUGGAAAUAUCCAUUUAUAAUUUUCCCCAAAGUAUCCGAUUGCUUAGUUUGCUCUUUUAAAAUAAUCCUAAACUUGGGAGUGUUGUUCACCUCCGAAUGCCCGCAUCGGGACAAAAACGUGCUGAAGCCCCGAAUGUGGAGCCCCACCUGGAGGCUCUAUUACUAUGCCUUGCUGUGCUCGCCUGUAUUUUUCUCCUGGAUAAAUAACUUCUACAUUUGGAACUACGCGUUCUAUGAAAGUGAUGGCUUCAUACAGGAAAUGUUCGGCUUCUUGACGCAAUCCUGGACUCUAAUCCUCACCCUGUCGAUGCUCACAAAUCGCCACUUGUGUGUAAAAUACUUUGGCGGAAUAGUCGAGCUGCUUUCCAAGCGCAAACGUUAUGGAAUACCAACGUUACUAACUGCAAGAGACGUUGAAAGGCACCAAUACAGUCUCCUCUUCAUUCUGAUCUUAAGUAAUGUUAUAGGAAUAGUAACGGUGGCUUCUCGACUAGCGGAUGAUGGGUUCGGAUAUGUAAAUCUAACGCAAUCAAUGUCCUAUUAUUUGAAUAUAAUCAAUGGAGCAGCUGCUUCUAUGCACACUGUGAGCGCCUUGGGAGUCUACGAGCAGAUCUUCCACAAGCUGCUUCGACUCAUGGAAAAAACGCUCGAAACUCGGAAAAACUGCACAAACCCAGCAUUUGCCGAUAAACUGCGCUCGUAUCAGAACUACUACUCUUCGUGUGUGAUUAACUACCAAAAUCAUGUCCUCAUUUACACUACCAAACUUUUUCUGGCUUGGCAUUUCACUUACGUGAUAAUUUGUCAAGUUUUCCUGUUUCUGUACGUUUCAAUUCUGGUUAUUCAUUGGGAUUUGGAGCUGAAACGAGGCGCUACUACCGGUGUGAUUCAGAGCUUUUACGUUGUCUGCGCUUCGUUUUAUGUGGUCAAGAGAGCCAACAACAUUUACAAUAUCAACGAUGAUUUUCUUACUUAUCUGCAUAAGUAUCCCAUCAGCCGCUUGACUAAGAAGGAGUCGUAUUUGGUAGAAGCCUUAAUAAAUAAUUUGACCAACUAUAAACCCAACUUAGUAUGUGGCGACAUUCUGCAGAUGCACCGAAGAAGCGUCCCCUCGAUCAUUAGUCAUGCCAUAACGUACAGCCUUGUUGCUUUGCAAUUUAACCUUCUCAAGUACUUUUAUUAG